AUGCCGUCUACAGAUACCUGGUCUAUAUAUGUACCUCGCAUGGCUGUCCAUGUUGGGAGUUACCGUAGAGGCCGCUCCGGUCUCGGUGAGACCAUAUUGUUAGUAAUCCACAUAGAACAACAUCGCAUAAAGACUUUAUGCCAUAGUAAACCUCACCUCACACCCUCACUGGAACGAACCUGGCCUCCAGGACUAGCGAUACACUUGAAUGUCUACGGAAGAAGCGAGAAGCAUAUACCUCAGGAUUCAACUGAUACUAUAGCUCAGAGCCGGAGCGCAGCAGUCGUAUCUCCCAUAUUCUCCCCCGCCAUUUCCAAAGACGCCGCCCGCUAA